AUGCCGCCAUCGUCCGGGCCGGGACGCCCACCGUGGUUCGAGCAUAUUCAAGCCGUGUCGAAGACAAACGUGGACAUCGUUGCCGUGCCACCUAUUGGAGCACAUCAUCAAAGAACAUGGACUGCAGCAGGCUCAAAAACGCCCUGGCUCCGGACCGACUUGAUUCAUCGGAUGCCUAGGGCACGGAUCCUGUUGUACAACCAUGGGCACCUGCAUGAACAUGACACAAUCGACGGUCUAGGUCAACGCUUAUUAAAUCUCCUUAUGGACGAGCGGAAACAUCACAGUGGUCGUCGGCCACUGUUCUUCAUCUCCCAUAGCACAGGAGGCCUCGUGGCGAAGGCGUGUUUGUCUUCGGCUUCACGGGCCGAGCCGAGCCAGGCGAUCCUGACCAGCUGCUAUGGCAUCGCCUUUUUUGCCACGCCACACCAAGGCUCGAGUUAUCUAUUUGCAGAAGAGUACAUGCCUAGUAUCCGUGAUUUGCUACAUCUUGAGCAGGAUAUUCCCGCUUCUCUUAGAGAGCAGUUUCGUCCCCGACAGGAGAAACUCUGGCAUCUCUCUAAUCAGUUCAAGGUAUUGUCGGCUGAUAUGAAAGUUUGGUCUUUUCUGGAGACUAUUGACUCAACUUUGACUAUAUCGGACUCUGAGCUUGGUAGCACCAUGGAGUUUCAUGCUCCUAUUACCUCCAUCCGAUCCGGAUUAUUGGACAUCGAACAUGAAAAGGAGACGCCUAUGGCUACAGACCAUGCCGGAACGGCGACUUUCCAAGGCCAAGAGGCGUUCCGCGAUGCUUUCCUAAUCGAGCUGGCUGAUGCGGUCAAUCUAGCCGUGGAGCUCUCUGGUCAUGAAGACACUCCAUUGAACGUCGAACAGGCAGUCAUGGUGCAGAUCAACGGGUUCUUUGAGGACGCUGCAUUGGGCGUCAGUGAUGAUACUCCUCUAAAGAUGUGGUCAACACACGUAUCUUUAGAGGAGUAUCUUGCUAAGGGCCCAGGCGCAUGCCUCCGAGGACGCUUGAAACGCACUCGACUUCUGGGGCUAGAUGAUUCAUCUCUUAGCAGCUUUGACAGCCGCCGUUCCUUCACACAUCUCCCAGCAGACACGGAGCAUGAGAACCACUCUGAACAUCUUGAAAGUCAGCAGGGAACCCAACAUGCUAAUGCCGAGCCUAGACCUUCGCGACCUCCUAUGCGACAAAGUCGCAGUUUUAUAGCACCCGAAAAUCACUUCUCUCCGGAGAUUCAUAUCACAGAAGCAGGGAGGGAUGGGUAUUUCGAUCGCGAUCGACCUUUGAGCGAGAGUCCUCCGCCACCAAUUGAGCGUAAACGGAAAUCGUCAAUCGCCAAAGCACUGGGUCUUAGCCAACUGCGUGCCCAUAGGCGCAACACAUCUGACGUUAGCUCACAAGGAAGCAGUUCCCGUCCAGCAUCGAGCUCAACCUCGCCGCCUCAAAGCGCAGGGCUUUUAGCGGUUCCUUUUUCCACGCGGGGGCUUAUCAAUCAACAUGGAGAUGCGCCAGAUAUUCCCCGUUCAGUUCCUCGGUUUGAUCGACCCGAGCCCGACACUGAGAAACUACUUUGGAUUCACGUUCCCUAUACUCAUCCGGGAUGGGUAUCGCAAGUAAUUCGGCGAGCUUGUAAAGACCGUCAUGAAGAACAUUUCUUGAGGAAAUUCAUCAAUGACAAGAAUUGGUAUCUCAACCUUAACCGAGCUCGACAUUUGGAACCGCAUGCUCGAUUUGUUCGGCCGCAAUGUAUCCAUGCGCGCCAGAUGGAUGUAUCUCAAAGUCCGAAGGCCGGGGCGUCUGAAGAUCCCCAGCUGGCCCUCUAUGCGCCUUAUCUUCAUUGGGACACAUACCGCAACCUCAUCCAGCGUCGUAAAGUAGUCGAAGAUAGACUGCGACAAGGUCGCUCUCAUCCAGUUCCCCCUCGAAUUGCGAAGUCAAGUCUAGAGGCCCAGCUUAUCUGGCAGUAUCUCGGUUGCGAACCACCCAUCCAUUUCAGACGUACACUCGACCAAUUCGGAUACCCAAAUCUACGAUCAACAGUGGCUCGGGAUGAUGAUCAGAUGCUAUGGAAGCGCACGCGCAGACCGGCUCGUCUGGACGAACAACUUCGGGAGUAUCUCGAUGCCGCGAGCGAUGACCCCGAGGAGUCGGAGCCAGCAGAGUUCAUGGAUGGUAAUGUACUAAUGGUUGAUCAACUAUGGCUCUGGAUUGUAGACCAGAAGACCAUUGUGACCUUUUUCCCCAAUCAAGAAGCUACUACCUCCGAGGGCAAGCUGUUCGAGCAGUCAAAUCUGCACAGUAGCAUCUAUAACGAGUUGAAUGGAGACUUGGCUCGUCGAUUUGAAACAGCCGGCGAUCUUGCGGCUCUGAUCAUGCUGCAUGCUGUGACGGUCCUUCUCGACCGGACCCUCCAUCAUGACCUGCAGGUUCUGAGAAUAUUUGAAGAAUCUAUCAGUAUUCUGACGGAAUCGGUAACCAAAUCCUUCAAGCGCUUCCGUAACCGUGGUUUCGCCAACAGACCCGCUGAUCAUGAUCGAACUGUCGAAGGAAAGUUCAUGACGGCUGCGCAACGCGAUCAGCGAGAUCGCCAAUCGGCACGACGGAAUCGAGACGAUUUAUCUGUUCUCCUGGAACUCCGGGAUAUUGAGGAUGAGCUUGCGACUAUAAUAAAGCUUCUGGAUCAGCAAGAUACUGUUAUAAAAAGCAUGGUGAAGUACUUCGAUCGAGAUGGUUGCGGCAAAAUGUUCCUUGAUGCAGCGCAGCUGAGGAUUGAUGAGUAUCGAUCGCAACUUAGCGAGAUGAAAGAGAAUAGCCACCUGGCUCAGAAAGCGGUGGAAACCUUGCUAGAUCUUAAACAAAAGCAGGCAAACGUUGAUGAGGCCAAGAUGGCGCGCUGGCAGGCAGAAGAGACGCAAAACCAAUCAAGAUCGCUGAUGGUUUUUACCAUCUUCACUGUCAUCUUCCUACCACUGUCUUUCUUUACAUCUCUUUUUGGAAUGAAUGCGCGGGAAUGGAGCGACCAACAGACCAAUCUGCCACUGGGAGAGAUGUUCGCGAUAGCUGGUCCGGCCUCCUUUGCCAUCAUUGCGGUAGCCCUCCUACUCGCUUUUAGCGAAAAGUUACGAGACGCAGUUAACAAGUCCCAAAAAAUAGGAUCUGGUCUAUGGAAAGACUUCAUAUCCAAUCCUAUUAAGAGCUUUUUACACUGGAAUUCAGUCAAGAGCCGAAUGCCUUCGGUUAUGCCUGUCGAGGGUUCAAGGCUACGGAAGCUGUUUGAUCAGUAUCUAGGGUAUGAGAAACAUCGGGUCAAGUUCGACGAGGACUUCUGGAAACGGAGGCAAGAGGACACCAAAUCAAUCUUAGAGAUUGAAUGGAAGAACUACAAACUUGCGAAUCCUGGAAUGGGCCGAGAAGAGUCCGAUUCACUAGGCGAGAAGAUACAACAUAUGGUUCCAGUGUGA